AUGACUUCUACCCGCAAGAACCCCAUACAAUUUGUGUCCUUGAUAUCGCGAACUGACAAGCCAUUAUACAUCCAAUCCUUCCUACCAGAGCUAAACUCUGGUACAAAAGAAGCGAGCUCCGAAGGACAGCAGCCCGAAUCAGUUCAAUCAACAUCGACAAUCAACAAGUUCCUCAAAUUCAACUUUUUCAGCCACAUGGCACUAGAUAUUUUUUCUUCACCUACAUCACUAGCUCUACGUGAACAACAACAUCAACAUCAACAACAAAACUCCAAUGGCGUCUUGCUCUUGUUUAUCCAAGACCAAGUAAUUGUGUAUGGGUACGAAUCCAACAAUGGGUUGAAGAUAGUUGUCGGUAUGGAUCAAAGUGCCACGAUAAAUCAGGAUAACUUAUACAAAUUCAUAACAUCGGUUUACAAGUUGUAUCUUAGAGUCGUGUGCAAUCCAUUUAGAAAUUUUGGCACCAAUGAACAAACCCAGCAAGAGGAGAGCAAUGAAGAAGAUGUAUUGAAUUCGCCCAAGUUUGAUCAAGGAGUAAAGAAAUUGGUGGAUGAUUUUAUAUAG